AAUUUGUCAAGAACGAAAAUGUCCAAAAACACAAAAUCUAAGCAAGAAAUCGAUAGCACUUCCAAGAAAUUAUCCAGAAAGGAGAGGAAGAAUCUUGAGUAUAUUCAGUAUGCCAAGGAAAGAAAGGAAUACCAAAAAUGGGAGAAGGAGGAAGCAGAUAAUUUAGGAUUUGAGGGAGAGGAGUCAGCCCCUCCAGUUCAAAAUACCAGCACAGCAGCAGGAGAAAAGAAAAAGAAAGGUAAAAAGGAAAAGAAACCUACUGAUAAGGUCACUACAUCUCCAGAGGAGCAAAAGAAAGCAUACUCUGAGACAGUUGCUAAGCAAGAUGCCUUAAUAGCAGAGCUCCAGGUCAAACUCGAUCAAAGAGAGAAGAGAAUGAAGGAUCUGAAAAAGACUCAGGAGCAGAAACUCAGCAAACUCAAGGAUCAAACCAUGAAGUUAACUAAAGAAAGAGAUGAUGCUAAAGCAUCACUUUCUAAAGUUGAAGAUAAGUGCAAUGGGAGACUUGGAGAUUACCAAGAACUCAUUGAAAGCGUCAACCGCGAAAAUUUAGACAACGAGAAGUUAAUAUAAAUGAUCUCACUAAUGAUAAAGCUAACCUUAAGGAUAUAGUAUUUGACUUGAUGUUUGAAAAACAGAAGGAAGGGAACUCUGCUACUGAGCAUCCUGUUGUAAUCCCUGACAAUCUGCAAGAAGAAUUCAAUAGAAAGAGCCAAACUAAGAGUUCACAAAACAACCCCCAGCUUAAGACUUUACUUGAAUUUGCUAAUGAGCAGAUUAAAAGACUUCAAAAGGAGAUUAAAGAAGCUAGAAACCAUCUCCCAAAGCCUGAGCUUGGAGAAAUCGAUGAGGCAACUGAAGAAAAGGAAGAUUAA